CUUUAAUAAUAAGAGGUAAUUUUAGCUUGGAAUAAUAUUACCUUUAUCUUUUCUCUUUGUUUGCCUCGCCAACCUGGAGAAGGUUGUAUGGCUAAGCGAAUCAUGUCGGCAAACAUCCCCACUGUCGUACGAACGAUGGACGAGUUUGCAGUCAACACAGGAUUGACUUCAUCCUCGACUCCUCGUAGAUAUCUUUGGACCGAUGCUUUUGCUGUUUGCAACUAUCUUGGUCUGCAAAAACUUACUCAAGAUGAAAGUUAUGGACGCUUGGCGCUUAAACUCGUCGACAGUGUGCAUGACAUCCUAGGAAGACAUCGUUCUGACGAUACCAGAAAAGGCUGGAUUAGUGGACUCAGUGAUUCUGAAGGCAAAACCCAUCCAACAUGUGGAGGAUUGCGGAUUGGCAAGAAACUGCCAGAGCGUCAAUCAAAUGAAACAUAYGAYGACGACAUGGAAUGGGACAGAGAUGGUCAAUAUUUUCACUAUCUGACAAAGUGGAUGCAUGCACUGAACUGUCUCACAAGAUCUACUGGUGAUAGUGGUUUCAAUGUACUAGCAGCRGAGAUGGUUAAGGGAACRCAUGAUAAGUUUACCUAUAAAUCAGGAUUUGGURGYAAAAGGAUGUACUGGAAAAUGAGUAUUGAUUUAAGUCGRCCACAAGUGCGCAGUAUGGGACACCAUGAUCCUCUUGAUGGAUACAUAACAUACCUUCAAAUCCAGCAAGCACUGUCCCCWCAAGAUCAAGAAAAACUAGCUAUCGCUGGCCAAAUCGAAGACAUGCUCACAAUUUGUAAAGGCAAAGACUGGGCAACGACUGAUCCACUGGGUCUUGGUGGGCUGUUAUGURAUGCRUAUCGCGUGUAUUCAUUGAUAAAAGAAGGUGGUUUUCCUGGCAGUGGUGAACUGCUCUCUAUUAUAUUACAAGCAUGUGACCAAGGUCUCAAUGGGUAUGUCCACAAUAGGUACCCAAGUCAGUCACGAAAGUCAGCUGAACAUCGGUUAGCAUUCAGAGAACUGGGAUUAUCGAUAGGGCUKCAAGCAAUCCAAAAGAUACAUCAAGAUCUGACUGACAAUAACGAAGUGGUCAAACAGUGCAGCCAUCUUCCAUCGYUUUUGGAAAAAUUGCUAACAUAUUCACCAAUCAUCGAUGAGAUUAACACAUUCUGGAGUAAWUCGUCCAAUCAGAAGGCUCGUUCUUGGACGAGUCAUUUGGAUAUCAACAUGGUUAUGUGGGCUACUAGUUUGAUGCCUGAUGGUUUCCUGUCAUUGGUUUGAAGAUAAGACUUGAUUAUCAGAGUUGUAGGCCUUCUUGGGCAAAGAACUGUUAGUAGAUAGACACAAAUAUGACCCGGUUUUCAUCAAAAAGCGUGAAACGAUAAGUUAAUUACAGUACGUACAGUUUAAAGGUAUUUCAGAAAAAGUUGAAUACAUUGCAUUCCAAUACUCGUAUCCAAAUACAACGUUUAACGAAGUUGGUAUAUCUACAAAGAYUCAUUUUAAACGGCGAUACAACCUCCACUAAUGCAUUGCGGUCUUGGAAUUCACUAUCUUUGUAUUCAAUUUUUUUUCUGAUAAGAUGUACAAUGAGCAUCACCUGUGAAAGAUUAUUUAUGUAGAGUAAAAGGCUAACGAUCACCCAUUCUAGCUCGGUACUGAAGUGCGGUGUUUCAAGAGCUUAUGAAAACCACGAUUUGAUGUGUAUAAGAACAUUUGAAGAGCUAAAUAUAGCUUGUUCAAGAUGACCUCAAAGUCGGUAAAAAUAUUAAUGAACAUUAUGUUUAUGAAGAGAAAAGAGAAAGUACGCGAACUGUAGAACAUAAGCAAUUAGAAAAGUGAAAAGAAUACACUUAAAGUGCUACUUGCAUGAAAAUGCCCUUAUUUCAAAACUUCAGGCAAUACAAAUAUGUGACCCAUUUAUAUCUAUUAAAAACAAUUGCGGGAAAAUAUUUGUUUUUGAAUUGUCCCACAUCAGAAAAAUUUUGAUUCAAAAGAUAAAAGAACAAAAAGAUGGAAUAAAGGACGYAAUUUCUCCAACAUUUUUUGUCCAAAUUAUUAAGGAUUUGUAUCAAUAUCUUCUUGAAAUCUGUUGCUUCAGGAUUAUUAGACCCAUAAUAGGUCUAUUUGAUUUCCAAGUUUUUUCUAAUGUUUCGCAAUUUUCAUCCAAGUAGCCCUUUUACCAAGGACGAGACUMCUUAGGAUACCUUUGAAACUGCGAUAAAUAAUAAUAAUAACUUUAUUAAUAAAAUUGAAUUGCAGUAUAAACAUUCAAAUAAAAUAUUCAAUCGUAAUAAAAACUCAACUAUUUUGAUGACUGCCAUCUCCUUACAACGAAUGCGCCAAUCUACACCUCAAACAGAAAUAUAGUCCGCAAUACUAGCCCAACAAAAAAAGAAAAAAACAUCAAUUAUAAGGGUCAUGUGUUAUAACCACCCACAGAAAUAAACAAAAAUC